AUGUUUAUCUCAUUAUAUAAGUUCACACUUCAUAACUAUGGAUAACAUCGAAAAUUUACUUCAACACUUGGCAAAAUAAAAUAAAAAGAGUACUAGGAUGGAUGAUUUAUUGUGCUCCAGUUUUGUUAUUUUCUUGAUUUUUAUAAACACUUGUUUUGCAGCUGACAUCUUGAAUGUGAAGCAAACACUGAGGGAUGAUGGCAACAGCAGUCUUGUUUCAUCUGGUGGUGAUUUCGAGCUUGGAUUCUUCAGCCCCGGAAGCUCCAAGAAUCGAUAUCUUGGCAUAUGGUUCAAGAAGGUCUCCAACAGGACUGUUGUUUGGGUUGCUAACAGAGAGGCUCCACUUCUUGACACUUCCGGGGUGCUCAGGAUUGGUGCCAAUGGAAAUUUGGAACUUGUGAAUGGUAGAAACAGCACAAUGUGGUUUUCUAAUUCGACAAAAUCUGCGAAGAAUGAGCCUGUGGUGGCACAACUAAUGGAUUCCUCAAACCUUGUGAUCAGGCAUGAAAAUGACACUGACCCUGAGAAGUAUCUGUGGCAAAGUGCUGAUCACCCUACUGAUCAUAUUUUGUCAGGCAUGAAACUUGGAUGGGAUUUGAGUAGAGGGCUGGAACGAUAUCUUACAUCGUGGAAAAGUGUUAGUGAUCCUUCACCUGGGAAUUACACUUUCAGAAUGUACCUUGAAGGAUAUCCACAGAUGAAAGUGGCUGAUGGUUCUAGUUCUACCACAAGUUUCAGAUUUGGACCAUGGGAUGGCAUUCAGUUUAGUGGUGUGUCGUUUAAUAUCCCGGAUCUCAAUUUUGACUUGAAACUUAUUGUGACGGAUACUGAAAUUUAUUCCAAGUUUGAUGUGAACAAUAAUUCCAGGCCUGUGAGGUUUGAUCUGAAUCCUGAAGGACUAAUUGAGCUUCUAACUUGGUUUGACAAUUUUAAGAAUUGGACAUUCAGUCAGUACAUUAGUGUGCUUUAUGAUCAAUGUGACCCUUAUGGACUUUGUGGGGCAUUUGGUAGUUGUGACAUUACUCGAGCUCAAUCAGGACAAAGUGCUUGUGAAUGUUUAGGAGGAUUCGUGCCUCGGUCUUUGGAAAAAUGGAAACUUGCAGAUUGGUCCGGUGGAUGUGUUCGUUCAGCUCCAUUAACUUGUGGAAGUGGAGAAGAAUUCCAGAAGAUUCCGGGCCUUAAAUUGCCUGAUACUCAGACUUCGUGGUUCAACCGAAGCAUGAGCCUUGCUGAUUGUGAGACCGAGUGCAGAAAGAACUGUUCUUGUACAGCUUACUCAAAUGUGGAUAUUAGACAAGGCGGCUCUGGAUGUAUGCUAUGGUUUGGUGAUCUCAUUGAUAUGAGAAAUUACGCAGACAAUGGCCUUCCUCUAUAUGUGAGAACUGCUUCUCAACCAGCUGUGAAUGGGAGCUCAAGUAAAAAGGGAGGAGUGAAGAUCAUUGCCAUUAUCAUUCCUACUAUAAUAGGAUUGUUUGUACUGCUAGGCCUGAUUCUGAUAUAUGUAUACAGGAAGAGAAAGCUGAGUAGUAAAGGAUUAGCAACUCUGAAACCUACUAAUGAUGGUGGAAAUGAAGAUCAGGGUCAAGACCUGGAAUUGCCAUUGGUUGAAUUUGAAGAAAUUGCCAAGGCUACGAAUAACUUUUCCCUAAACAAUAAGCUCGGAGAGGGUGGUUUUGGCCCUGUCUACAAGGGAACUUUGGUUGAUGGACAGGAAAUAGCUGUAAAGAGACUCUCCAAGACUUCAAACCAAGGACUCCAUGAGUUUAAGAAUGAAGUGAAAUGCAUUGCCGAACUGCAACACAGAAAUCUUGUGAGGCUUUUAGGAUGUAGCAUUGAGGAUGGAGAAAUGUUGUUGAUCUACGAAUACAUGUCCAACAAAAGUUUAGAUGUCUUCAUUUUCGACAAAGAGCUAAGCAUGUCACUGGAUUGGCCAAAGCGCUACAAUAUCAUUAACGGCAUUGCCAAGGGCCUACUGUAUCUCCACCAGGACUCGAGACUAAGAAUCAUUCACAGAGAUCUCAAAGCCGGUAACAUUCUCCUCGAUCAUGAGAUGAGUCCUAAAAUUUCAGAUUUUGGCCUGGCAAGAAGUUUUGCAGACAACGAAAGUGCAGCCAACACCAUUCGCGUAGUUGGAACAUACGGCUACAUGGCCCCAGAGUAUGCUAUCGAGGGACUAUUCUCUGUCAAAUCCGAUUCCUACAGUUUUGGCGUCCUGGUCUUGGAGAUAGUAACCGGGAAAAAAAUAAGACAAUUUUACAAUUCCAAGGACAACCUUAACCUCCUCGGCCAUGCAUGGAAACUUUUCAAUGAUGGCGAAUCCUUAGACCUUGUCGACGAGGCAAUGUUGGGAUCAUGCAGUUCUUCAGAAGUUUUGCGAGCUAUUCACAUCGGAUUGUUGUGUGUGCAGCCAUAUCCGCAAGACAGGCCAAACAUGACAUACGUUGUGUCGAUGUUGGAUAGUGAAAAUGAGCUUCCUAAGCCAAAACAGCCAGGGUUUUUCACUGAUAACAGAGUGCAACAGGGCUCAGAGUAUCCGUCUCACCAUAGUGAGUCAAGUGUAACAAAUAAUGAUCUGAGUAUUACAGUGUUGGAGCCUAGGUAGUAAUUGUACAUUGUUUGGCACCAUUUUUUUAAGCAUAUUAUUUUCCUUCUGAGAUCCUGUUAUGAUCCGAUAUUUCUAAAAUAUUGGAUGCUCCACGAGGAUGAAAAUUUUGUAUGACAUAAUAAUUUUUGAGAUCAAAUACAUAUAUUCAUUUUUUUUUUGGAA